AUGGAAUCAGAGGAACCAGAAGAAUCAGAACCUACAUCGUCUCCGCUCCAGCUGGCCGCAGGUCGAGGAGACCUGCACGAAAUUCAACGGCUCCUGUCCAUCACCCCAGAAGGCCCCAAUGAAGAGCCUCGCGGGUAUUACGGAAGGACCGCUCUCCAAGCAGCGUCGGCAAACGGCUAUUCUAGCGUAGUCAAGGCGUUGCUCCAUGCAGGGGCUGAUCCCGACGCAAAGGGAGGAAACAAUGGGGGGAAGACCGCGCUCGUCCUGGCCGCAGAAGCAGGCCACUCCGACAUCGUCGCUCAGCUGGUCUCAUCCGGCGCAAUGAUCAACACCCAACCCUACAGAUACUACGGCCGAACAGCUCUGCAGGCAGCUGCCGAGGGAGGUCAUGAGGAACUCGUUCUCUGGCUACUUGCUCACGGCGCCAACAUCAAUGCACCUCCGGCCAGAGUCCACGGCCGAACAGCCCUUCAAGCCGCCGCCUUUAGCGGAAAUGCGAGGAUUGUGCAGACUCUGCUGGAUCGCAAUGCGAGGGUCAACGAGCCUCCCGUGCGUUACAAGGGGCUGACAGCCCUACAGGCUGCAGCUGUGCAGGGCCAUGGUGAGAUUGUCCGGCAAUUGGUGGAUGCGGGAGCUGAUGUGAAUGCGAAUGGGGCGGGCUUGAACGGAUAUACAGCCUUGUCGGCCGCUGCGGAAAUAGGCCAUCUGGAGAUCGUUCAGUCCUUGCUUGGUGCUGGGGCGGAUGUGUCUCUUGUGUCUGGAAAUCAGAGCCGGACGGCAGCUCAGAUUGCGUUCGCGAGAGGACAUGUGGAGAUUGGGCAUAUCCUACAGAGAGCGACCGCCGACGUGAGCUUGCGGGGGCAACCGGCCAGAAUGAGACGAAGCGAGACGAGGUGA